GCGGGAGCGGGGCCGGGCCGGGGCCGCGGGAGGAGGAGCAGCCGGAGCCGGGCCCGGAUCGCGGCGGCUCCAGCGGAGCCCCCGAAGUUUGCGCUGCCGGCGGAGGCGGCUCUGGGCCCUCGUCCCGCCGCUUCCGGGGCCCCGCCGGGCCGGGAAAGGGGGCGGGAGCGGCCGCCGGCAGGGAGCGAGCCGGGCCGCGAUGAAGAAGCCGGACGGGAAGGUGGUGCUGCUGGGGGACAUGAACGUGGGCAAGACCUCCUUGCUGCACCGCUACAUGGAGCGGCGCUUCCAGGAGACGGUCAGCACCGUCGGCGGCGCCUUCUACCUGAAGCAGUGGGGGCCGUACAACAUCUCCAUCUGGGACACUGCAGGACGGGAGCAGUUCCACGGCCUGGGGUCUAUGUACUGCCGAGGAGCGGCGGCCGUGAUCCUCACGUACGACGUGAACAGCCUCCAAAGCCUGACGGAGCUGGAGGAGAGGUUCCUGGCGCUGACGGACAGCGCCAGCGCUGACUGCAUUUUUGCUAUCGUUGGAAAUAAGGUUGACCUCAGCGAUGACUGUACUUCACCAGCGGAUGAGAAGAGGCCUGAGAAGCCUGGUGCCAGCUGGGGCUCAAAGGUGCGAAAACAAGUCCGUGCGGAGGAUGCAAUCGCGCUCUAUAAAAAGAUACUGAAAUACAGAAUGCUAGAUGAGAAGGACGUUCCGGCAGCUGAGAAAAUGUGUUUUGAGACCAGUGCAAAGACAGGAUACAAGGUGGACUACCUCUUUGAAACUGUGUUUGACAUGGUAGUCCCAAUAAUCGUGCGGCAGAAAGCUGAGGGGCCACCGCAAACCGUAGACAUCACGGACUACAAACCAGCCAAAAGGACAAAAUCAGGCUGCUGUGCUUGAAACAUCUACGUGACAUAGCAAAGGGGAGGAAUUUUUCACUCCAGCAGAAUGAGGAAUAAGAACUGCUUGCAGUUGACCAGAAAGGAAAAGUCAAGGAAGAAAUAGACUAAAAUAGUGUAUGAAAAAAAGAGAAACAAACAAAAAUAAACAAAUAAAUCUUCUGACUGUUAAAGGCUUCUGGGAAGCUCUGUGUAUAAAAAAAUGAGAAUAUGAGUGAAAUGAUGGAGUAAGACUUGCCAGUUUCCAUGGGCUCUGAAGACAAAUGGUGUGUUAUUGCAAUGGGUAGCUACAAUCAUUUGGACAGAUUUGAAAGAUUGUGAUUUUUAGUGACUUGCCUUUUCGUGUUGCAUGUAAAUGAUCUGUUUGUGUACUCUUGAAAGCUUUCAUAUGAUGAUCCUCUUUUCCCUUACGAGUCUUUGGGAGAUUGAACACACAGUACUUUUUUAUUCUUAAGGAAAAAAAGAAAAUCCAGGUAUAUUUAUAUUUGUAGCUAAUAAAUCAAUUGCAAUCUUUUUAUGUUAGACAUGACAGCAUACGAUUCAGAAGCUGAACUAUUAAAGUCACUGUGGAUAUGUACUGUU